AUGAGUGACAACUCGGACACAAACGAGAACAUGCAGGGCCAUGAUCAACAGGUUGCUGAUCCCGUGGCAGUUCAGCAGAUGACCACCACUAACGAUGACAAUACUAAUAGCAGUGACGCUAUUGACAAUAGCACCGCCACCACAACAACAAGCAACGGACAGGUAGAAAAUGCAAGCAACGCCUAUCUUUCAAAUAAAGUAGAGGCAGAAGCAGAAGCAGAAGUACAGCAACCCGAAAGUGAUUUAGAGGCAGCUGCUCCAGAGCAGGCGUCUGUCAGCACAUCUGUUAGCGAUGAUGCCGCAGCAACUUCGAAUCCAGAUUCAUCUGAACCAAGUGAAACCGGCAAGAAGGAUGAAGCAUUCGAUGAAAGAAAGAGAUCUCGCGAAGAAGUAGCCAAGAAUGGCGAUGGAGAUAACAAGGAUGAUGAAGACAACGACAACGAUGAGGACGAUGAAGAUGAGGACGAUGAUGAAGCUCCAACUAAGAGGCGUCGUCAAGAGAGGAAUAGAUUCUUGGAUAUUGAGGCUGAAGUUAGUGAUGACGAAGACGAAGAUGAAGACGAAGAGGAUUCAGAGUUGGUUCGUGAAGGUUUCAUUACUCAUGGCGACGAUGAGGAUGACGAAUCAGGCACUCCGGAUGCAAGAAGAGACGACAGGCUGCAUAGACAACUGGACCAAGAUUUGAACAAAAGCUCAGAAGAGGAUGCUCAAAGGUUGGCCAAAGAAUUAAGGGAACGGUACGGCAGAAGUAGUUCCAAGCAAUAUCGUGCUGCCGCUCAGGACGGUUACGUCCCACAGAGGUUUCUUCUACCAAGUGUCGAUACAGCCACUGUUUGGGGUGUCCGUUGUAGGCCAGGCAAAGAAAAGGAAUUAGUUCGCAAAUUGUUGAAAAAGAAAUUCAAUUUGGAUAGAGCCAUGGGCAAAAAGAAACUGAAAAUAUUAUCUAUUUUUCAAAGAGAUAAUUAUACAGGAAGAAUUUAUAUUGAAGCUCCCAAACAAUCUGUUAUUGAGAAAUUUUGUAAUGGUGUUCCAGAUAUCUAUAUUUCUCAAAAACUGUUGAUUCCCGUUCAAGAAUUACCUCUACUACUAAAACCUAACAAGUCUGAUGAUGUUGCCUUGGAAGAAGGUAGCUAUGUUCGUAUUAAGAGGGGUAUUUAUAAAGGUGAUCUAGCCAUGGUUGACCAAAUUAGUGAAAAUAAUUUAGAAGUGAUGCUGAAGAUUGUUCCCCGUUUAGAUUACGGUAAAUUUGAUGAAAUCGAUCCAACUACUCAACAACGUAAAUCUAGAAGACCAACAUUUGCUCAUAGGGUUCCACCACAAUUAUUUAAUCCAACGAUGGCCUUAAGAUUAGAUCAAGCUAACCUUUACAAAAGAGAUGAUCGUCAUUUUACUUACAAAAAUGAAGAUUAUAUUGAUGGUUAUUUAUACAAGUCCUUUAGAAUUCAGCAUGUGGAAACUAAGAGCAUCCAACCAACUGUGGAAGAAUUGGCAAGAUUCGGCUCCAAAGAAGGUGCUGUAGAUCUAACAUCAGUCUCGCAAUCUAUCAAGAAGGCACAAGCUGCAAAGGUCACUUUUCAACCUGGUGAUCGUAUCGAAGUCUUAAAUGGUGAACAACGUGGUUCCAAAGGUAUUGUAACAAGAACUACAAAAGAUAUUGCCACUAUUAAAUUAAAUGGGUUUACCACUCCUUUGGAAUUUCCCAUUUCCACCUUGAGAAAGAUCUUUGAACCUGGUGACCAUGUCACUGUCAUUAAUGGUGAACAUCAGGGUGAUGCGGGGUUAGUUCUUAUGGUAGGGCAAGGCCAAGUGACGUUCAUGUCAACUCAAACAAGCAGAGAAGUUACCAUUACGGCGAAUAAUUUAUCCAAAUCUAUUGAUACAACAGCUACAUCCAGCGAAUACGCGUUACAUGACAUUGUAGAGUUGAGUGCCAAGAACGUCGCAUGUAUUAUCCAGGCUGGUCACGAUAUCUUCAAGGUAAUUGAUGAAACUGGUAAAGUGUCGACAAUUACCAAAGGUUCUAUUUUGAGUAAGAUAAAUACUGCUCGCGCCCGUGUUUCCAGUGUUGACGGGAAUGGCAACGAGAUUAAAAUUGGUGACACGAUAGUGGAAAAAGUGGGUUCACGCAGAGAAGGCCAGGUUUUAUACAUCCAAACACAACAAAUCUUUGUGGUUUCCAAGAAGAUCGUGGAAAAUGCUGGGGUUUUUGUCGUUAAUCCUAGUAAUGUUGAAGCUGUAGCAUCCAAGGAUAAUAUGCUAAGUAAUAAAAUGGAUUUAAGCAGAAUGAAUCCUGAAAUCGUCUCUAAAAUGGGACCCCCAUCAUCCAAAACAUUCCAGCAACCCAUGCAAUCCAGAAUUGGUCGUGAGGUGGCAAUUGGUAAAACAGUUAGAAUUCGUUCUGCUGGUUAUAAAGGACAAUUAGGAAUUGUGAAAGAUGUUAAUGGUGAUAAAGCUACCGUAGAAUUACAUUCCAAGAACAAACACAUUACAAUUGAUAAGCAUAAACUGACGUAUUAUAACCGUGAAGGAGGAGAAGGUAUCACGUACGAUGAAUUAGUUAAUAGACGUGGGAGAGUUCCGCAGGCCAGAAUGGGCCCAAGUUAUGUCAGUGCGCCAAGGAAUAUGGCCACUGGUGGUAUAGCUGUGGGAGGUGCUGCUGCCUCAUCAGGUCUCAGUGGCGGUAUGACACCAGGUUGGAGUUCGUUCGAUGGUGGUAAAACUCCGGCCGUAAAUGCACACGGUGGCUCAGGUGGUGGUAGUGUCUCCUCGUGGGGCGGUGCAUCGACUUGGGGGGGCCAAGGUAAUGGUGGUGCGUCCACAUGGGGCGGUGCCGCUGGUAGCGGCGGUGGUGCUUCAGCAUGGGGCGGCCAAGGUACAGGUGCUACUUCCACCUGGGGUGGUGCUUCAGCAUGGGGUAAUAAAUCAAGUUGGGGCGGUGCUUCUACUUGGGCUUCAGGCGGUGAAUCUAACGGUGCCACAUCUACCUGGGGUGGUACCGGUGAUAAGUCGGCUUAUGGCGGGGCCUCCACUUGGGGUGGUAACAAUAACAAUAAGAGUACAAGAGAUGGUGGAGCUUCUGCUUGGGGUAAUCAAGAUGGUGGCAAUAGGUCUGCUUGGAAUAAUCAAGGAAAUAAGUCGAACUAUGGUGGUAAUAGUACAUGGGGAGGUCAUUAG